UGUAUUUGCUAGCGUGAAAGCUUCCAACUAUUAAUGGUUUUCUAUUUGAAUUUGCAUAGCUAAAAUUAUAUUUGCUGCUUAGUUCACAUGUUCUCUUCGCUUAGGCGGUAGCAAAAACAUUCGGUUAAUGUAAUACAAAUACUUCUGCGCAUAAUUCUGUGAUAUAGAAAGUAUUUUUAAUUUGUUUGUUUGUGCCGAAAUUUUUUAAAAGUUUUUUUUUAGAUUUCCUACAAGUAUUAUUAAACUAACAGUAAUGAUAUCGAAGUUUACUCUUUUAACUGCCGGCAGUGGCCCGCAGGCGACAAAAUGCGUAAUGGAUCAGCUGUUGGUGCGUCAGCUGUCGAACAGUUUGCCGCGCGCUCAGCAUGUAAUUCUUGAAUACUUCGAAACAAAGGAGGCAACACGUGAGGACCCCGAAUGGGUUAAUGCGAAAGAUUAUAAACAGAUUCCCUGCCCUAGUAGCUAUCGCAUGCUGAGAGAUCAAUUACCAGGAGGGCCCCUACAUAAAACUAACAUGCACGUAUUGGAAGGAUUCUAUCGUGAACGUUAUGGCGAUAUAUUCCGUCUAAAUGGAAUUUUGGGUAAACCCGACACUGUGUUCACCUUCAAUCCAACAGAUUUUGAAACAGUCUACCGCAAUGAAACCAUCUGGCCGGUAAGGAUAGGUGUGGAUAGCUUAGGACAUUACCGGCUUAAUAAACGACCAGAUGUUUUUCAAGGCGUUGCUGGCUUAGUUACAUCACAAGGUAGAGCUUGGGGCGAAAUACGCAAUAAAGUUAAUCCCGUUAUGAUGAAGGUGCAGAAUAUCCGCCAGAACUUGCCAGCCGUUGAUACUAUUGCGCAAGAGUUUUUGGAAAGAUUAAGUUCAAAGUUGGAUAACAACACCGGCAGAUUGACCACCGAUUUUACCGAAGAAAUUAAAAUGUGGUCUUUCGAAUCUGUCGCAGUCGUAGCGCUCAACACGCGCUUGGGUCUUUUGGCGCGCGACAAACCAGAUUCUAACGUAUUGAAAAUUGUCGACGGUAUGAAUGUAUUUUUCGAUAAGGCGUAUACAUAUGACGUGUCACCGUCAUUUUGGAAGUAUUUUGAAACAGCCGGCUUUAAAGAGCUUAUGAAAGCUUAUGAUAAUAUCACUGAUGCUACUACAUUUUAUAUUGAAAAAGCGAUGGAGAAGUUCAAAAACGAACAAAAUGACGAGGCGCAAAGUGUGCUGGAAAAACUCUAUCGCAUAAAUAAGAAUGUGGCCGUAGUGAUGGCUAUCGACAUGCUGAUGGCUGGAUUGGAUACGACCUCCGCCACAGUUAUUUCAAUACUACACUUUCUUGGUCAAAACCCUGAAAAGCAGGAGGAACUGCGCAAAGAGCUGUUUGAGCUGCUGCCUGAUCCAAAAAUGCCAUUAACUGAUGAGAAUACCAAAAAUAUGCCUUAUUUGCGCGCUUGUAUAAAAGAAUCGCUACGUCUAAAGCCUAUUGCCAAUGGUAAUUUCCGUCUUGCCGGUCGUGAUAUUGUGCUUUCCGGUUAUAAGGUGCCUAAAGGUGUCGGUGUUUAUAUGGCUAAUAUGUCACUUUCCAAUAGCGAAGAGUACUUCGAAAGAAGUGCAGAAUUCUUGCCAGAACGUUGGAUUAAGGCAACCAAAGCCACCUGCCCAGUCGCACAGAAACACAACCCGUUUGUUUAUUUGCCAUUUGGCUUCGGUCCACGCACAUGCAUUGGCAAGCGUCUUGCCGAGUUGGAGAUGGAAACGCUUUUAGUGAGAUUACUGCGAAACUAUCGUGUGAGUUGGGUGGGUGAAAAGCCGUUAGAAUAUGUAAAUGAUUUGAUUUUGCGUCCGACUGGUGAAAUGAAGUUCAAGUUUGAAAAGUUGUAAGCAUAGUUUUGGUGAGACUAUGAAAAUACGUAUAUGUGAUAUGCAAAAUAAUAUUACGAAAGAUUGAUGUGUUAACUGUUUGUAAAUAUAAAUACAAUAAUAAAAUUGUAAAUAAUAUUAUAAUAAUAUUUUCUAA